AUGAUCUUUCGUCGUUGCCGACCGCUCUUCCACACGCUGCGCAAAGGUCAGCAUUACGUUCCACCUACUCAACAUCCACGCUUUAGGCCACCCCAAGUGACGACAUCGGCUGCAUUCGUACACCCAUUCCGCGAUUUUUGGGGAAUGUGGAGGUCUGGGUGGAUGAGUGAUAUCCAGACGCGGAUGGCGAUUGACCUCGUCGACCACGGUGACGCGUACAUCAUCGAAGCGGAAUUACCUGGCGUGAAGAGAGACGGAUUGGACGUGCGUGUAGGGGAUCAUGGUCGGAGUUUGUUGAUCGAGGCCAAGUCGGAGAGUCGGCCUUGGGAUGAAACGGACCAUGCGAGUCAGGAGAAAGAGAGGACAAAUGAGUGGCAGAUAUUGUCGGAGCGCACAUCGCAUUUUGUCCGCAAAGUGUGGUUGCCCCACCAGGUCGAUGCAGCCCGUAUCAAUGCAAGUUUGGAAGACGGCGUGUUAAAGUUGCAUAUCCCAAAGACAAAAGAGGACGGGAGUGUUAGAGUGGAUGUUGUCUAG